ACCUGGGACACGUGAAUGCCACCGGCUGAAUUGAUGGCUGCGGCGCGAUGGCAUUAUGCGGCCAGCGUGUAAUUACCGAGGGAACGGGCGCUGAGUGAAUGAGGAGACAGACUCAGUGGCAACAGAUGUGUGGUAGCCUACGGACCCCCGUCUUAAUGACACCCCUGAGCUCUCCAAGGGGCGGUGUUGUUCGCUAGGGUGAUACGACGAAAGCAUGGGAGUGAGUGAGAGAGGGAGAAAGAGUUGGGAAUAGGUUACAGAGGCAAAGAAAGAGCGAGAAGGGCUGCGCUGUAGAAUAUCCAUCGGCUCUCACCAAAGACCUGUUGAACGCAACAGCAGCGGCACAGUUUGGGUGACUUCAUAUUUUCUAAACUGCCCAUAUUCCAGACCUUUAACAUUCCUUUUGGGACUUUUUUGAAAGUAGUUCUAUACAAAUUGAUUUGUCCAACAACCUCUGGUGCGCAACUGGUUCACAGGCGCAAAUUGUUUUCCCAUCGAAACGGGGGGGAUUUGCACCAUGGCAGGGGAGCGACGCUUUUCGGGAUGCCCAGAACUGGUCGUUUGUGGACUUGUUGUCUUUCUCCUGGGGAUGUCCGUUCACCAAACACAAGCAGGCUGUGCCGAGAGGGACUCUCCGAACUGCUGCACGGGACGCAACAACGACUGCUCCGAGUACACGAAGCGAAAGACCGUGUGUUAUUGCGACACGUACUGUCAGAAAACUGGAGACUGCUGCGAAGACUAUAAGCGUGUGUGCCAAAUAUCCGCAGCCAUAGACUGUGUGGUGGGCUUGUGGGGCUCGUGGUCGGCGUGUUCGUCCCAGUGUGGCGAGGGCAGCACGGAGCGCAGCCGGCAGGUCCUGACGCCGCCGCGCAACGGGGGCACCCCCUGCCCCGACCUCAAGCAGCGACGAGGGUGCCUGGGACACGCCCAGCAGUGCAGCUCCGCCAAAGAGGUGGCUAAAAUACUGCCCGACUCCUUCAAGAGGAAUUUUAAGGACCCCUGGAGGAGACCACAUAUGCUCAUGAAGGAGGAGAAGCCAAGCUACUGUGUGUACAUGCGUGUGAAGCGCUCCAGUGUGGUGUGCAGGCAGCGGCUGUGGAGUGCCCAGCUGGUGCGCGAGAGGUCUGUGUGUGUGGAGUGUCAGAGCGACGCCAUGGCAACAGACAGCCGCUGCUCUGGAGACGGGGUAGAGGGCAUCAAAACAUUCUGGACUGCUGCAUCUGCGCCUGGUUGCCAUGGCUCCUGGGUAAGGGAAUCGACCAGUGAGAAGUGUCGCUGCCCGCCGUACUCCACGCUGUUUGUCUGAGAAGACACACAC